AUGUCAACCAACAUCUAUGAUAGACUUAAGGAGUUAAACAUUGUACUCCCACCCGUCCCACCACAGAAUGUCGCCUCGUACGUCAUGAGUGUGCAGACUGGAAAUGUUGUGUUUGUCUCUGGACACAUUGCCAAGAAGGACGGUGCUGUCUGGGUUGGCAAGCUUGGUGACAACAUAACCACCGAGGAGGGAAAGGCUGCCGCACGCUCCAUUGGCAUUGACCUGAUCAACACUCUGCACGCCCACACUGGUGACCUCAACAAGAUCACACGCAUCGUCAAGCUCACCGGUCUCGUCAACUCUACCCAGACAUUCACUGAGCAUCAUCUCGUCAUCAAUGGAUGCUCAAACCUUUUGAAUGAGGUGUUUGGCAAGGUUGGAGUCCAUGCCCGCGCUGCCUUUGGUGUUGCCCAGAUCCCCUUGGGUUCAUGUGUCGAGAUCGAGAUGGUUGUCGAGGUUGCCGCCAGUAACUAA